AAGAAGCAGAUGACAACUAUUCAAGAGAAAUUGCCACCUUAAAAGGGCUGAUCAAGGAUCUGCAACAAGAAAGGGACUUAUCCAGAAAAGAAUUAGCCACACAGAGAGACCUGCUGAAACACCUAGAGGAGGAAAGGAACAGCUACAAGAAAGAGGUAACUGUAGUCAGGGAGGAGCUGACAGAGACCAACAUGAUCUUACAGAAUCUACAAGAACAGCUAUCCUCACUCAAAGAUCUACAUAACCAAAGAGCUGAGCCUGUCUCUCAAAUCAAUCAAAUCCCCUCAGUGCCACCGAACCUUCUCUCACCACCCCACACUGGAGGUACGCCAGAACAACACACAAGAGGACAUGUGGCUGAAACAGACAAAGACUCUGAAAUAGAUGACAAUAGAAAAGGAAACAUUGUGUUAUUAUUGGACUCAAAUGGUAAAUUCAUCAAUGAGAACAAGCUUUUUCCAAGACACAAAGUAUCAAAGCUCUGGUGCCCUACAACGCAAAAGGCAAUAGAACUCCUCACAACAUCCAGUCUGGGCUCACCAAGCCACAUCAUCAUCCACACAGGAACCAACGAACUGAGGACACAACAGGAGAGAGUAGCUGACUCCUUUGAAAAGAAAACUUUCAGUCAUUGAAAAAGCAUGUAGCACUUUCCCCAACAGCAAGAUCGUCAUCUCAUCUAUUCUGCCUCGCACAGACUUUUACCCCCAUAUCAUUCAGAGGGUUAAUUCGGCUAUCUCCAUGGCCUGUACUUUACACCCUAAUGUACAUCUGGCACAUCACCCUAACAUUGAAAUAGACUGCUUGUUCGACCAUGUACACCUUCUCAAAGAGACUAUUCCUAUGUUCACAAGAAAUCUAAAAAAUGCUGCUUUCAAUCGGAACCGAUGGCCAAGAGACAGAAGGACAAUGCAGACAUCAAGCCAGCCCUUUUCUCAAAGGAGAAAACAUCAAUCAACUCUACAGAGAUCUCCAAACAUCCCAUUAGAUCCUCCUCACCAAGAACAUCCAGGAUGUCAUGGAGCCCAGGCCAGCUCAUCACCCACAACUAUCUCAUCUGCAACCCCACAUCAGGUUCCUUAUGAACAACUGACUAUGGCUGGACAUUCUUCAUCAAAACUGGAACCAUCAACUUAUGCCCAGGUCUCAAGUAGAACCUCUGCUGAUGAAUCAAGUCGUCUCAAUGGUAUGCAUAGUAUGCUAAAAACUCUUUCCAUCUUCCAUAGUCACACACACACUCACGCACACCGACUCUCUCACACACACACAUGCACACAUUUACAUACAUAGACAAAACUCUUUCACACUUCCACCUCUCCAUACAUGCAUACCCAUAAUUGACACACACACCAUCAACACUCAUACUCACCAGCUAACAAACUCAAACAGACACGCACACACACGUCUUCUCUUUCUACUCAAAAAAAAAAAAGUAUGCUGCUGUGCGGGGACCUUGAGCCUACUCUAAUAUCUUAGUGCUCUGUUGGGGAUGUGGGAGUAUAGGUGCAGUGGUUCACUGUGGCGGGUGCCGGCACGCUUGCUGCUGUGGUAUGUAGGAUGAAGGGGGCCUGUAUGGUUCUGGCAGGUUUGGGAGUUGAUGUUUGGUAUGGCCGAUAUUACUCUUCCCCGCAGUGAUAGAUGGUAUAUCCCAACCAUGCACUUGAACUGGACGCAUGUGGUUGAAAGAUACCAUUUUGCAUUAUCAGCGAGACAAGCCUCCAGUCACUGCCAGUGGAUCCAAGGUAUACCUUGACAGAGAUGACACAGUGGAACACUGUUGGUCUUUGAUUGGUCUCCCCAACACAAUGUUCUCAAUUUUGUUGGGACAGUUGGAGUGUGAAAACAAUGGCAUCCAAUGCCCAAGGAAGGCUUUGGAGCUCGUCUCAGAAAGACCAGUCCGGGUUGAGAGGGGGUGUUGGUCAUGCUGAGGGUUGACUUUGGGACUUGUGGGGUCUAGGCGGGUUCUCUUGGUGUUCUGUGCUAUGGCUGGUUGGUGCUGCAUGGUGCCUGUCAGGGUGGAUAGCUGUAGCUGUUGCCUCAUUUUCCUGGCUGGGUGUAUUGCACAGUAGUGUACAGAAUAUAUAUAUAAAAAUCAAUACACAAACCUCCCCAUAUACACACAGCCCACAUAUACACACACCUCCCUCAUUCACUCACUCAACUCUACACACAUAAUUGUCUAUAUAUAAUUAUUUUCCUUCUUUCUGCUUCCCCUUCCUUUCUAUAUACAAAGUAUUUAUUGUAGUCGAGUUUAUGAUUAUUUAGGAAAAAAAAAAAAAGCUUCUUAUAUUAUAAUUCUUGUAUGUUUUCUCCAACGUUUAUAGGCUAUGUAACCAAUGUUUAGGAUUUAUUCAGAUAUCAAAUGUCUUUUCGUAUAUGCACUUGGAACAUUCAGGGUUUAAACUCUGCUUUAUUUGGUCUUAAAAGCCAAAAUCCAGAAUUUAUAAAAGCAAUUAAAGAUAUAGAUAUUAUAAUACUGCAAGAAACCUGGUACAGAGGGGGUGAAAUCACUGGCUGUCCACCAGGUUACAGAGAAAUAAUAGUUCCAUCAAUAAAAUUAAAAUCAACUAAACAGGGCAGGGAUUCAGGAGGUCUUUUAAUAUGGAGCAGAGCUGACAUCAACUGUGAGUUAAUUAGAAAGGGGAAUUAUAAUGUAUGGCUAAAAAUUGGAAAAAAUAUCAUAGCCACCCCAAAAGACUUGUUUCUAUGUACUAUUUAUAUUCCUCCAUCAGAAUCACCGUAUUAUGACGAAAACACAUAUAUAGAACUAGGAAAUGAGAUUAGCUACUAUCAAUCGAUUGGACAUGUAAUGAUAUGUGGUGAUCUAAAUGCCAGAACCGGUGAAGGCCUAGAUACAGUUAAUACAUUAGGCGACAAAUUCAUAAUUGGACAAAAUAUACAUUUUCCUACUCAUCUAACCAGAAACAACUAUGACAAAAUAAUAAAUACACAUGGUAGAGCUUUGUUAGAGCUUUGUCAGUGCCAGGGUCUGUACAUUGUCAAUGGGAGGCUAAGAGGAGACUCACUAGGACAAUACACUUACAGUUCAGUCCUUGGUUGCAGUACGGUCGACUACUUUAUAACAGAUCUUCAUGAAAAUCAUUUAAGGGCUUUCACAGUAAAUCCUUUGGCUCCUUUUUCUGACCAUUCACAGAUAACUUUCUAUCUAAACAGAACUAAUGGAAAGCCCAAGUUUUCUCAAUCAUCUAUAAUGCAUAGGAUGAGUAACACCUACAGAUGGCGUGAAAAUAGCAAAGAUCAAUAUGUUAAAACAAUCAGACAAGAUGACACAAAGGCUCCAUCUCGUCGUCCGGCAGCACCCGCCUGGAAUUCCAACACCAUCGUGAGCUACAUGGACAUCGUAGAUAGCCCACAGCGGCUCAACGUCCUCGUCGGCAGCCACAGUCAGCAAGCAGCGGUCGGCACAGGCAGCGGUCAGCAAACAGCGGUCAGCAGGCAGCAGGACAUCGCUUUCUCCCCUACUCCACCUCCACAGUCCCGCCGCUCCCUGCCUCUUAUCCGAGCUACAAUCACCACACCAGCCAACCAGCAUGGUAGCCAGAUGAUUGCCCAUCAAGGCUGA